CAAGACCAGGUCACAUGCUUUGGCUUUUAAUCGUUAUUUACCCCCAAAAAAGUAAAUAGAGAUAUAUAACUGCAAGGCGCCGAGUAAAUAAACAAAUGGUUUACAGAAUGAAUUACAGCUAUCUCUGGGGGAGGUCAUUUUCAGGUUUUACGUCAGAGCAUAGCUUUUAAUGCCCCCACAUACAGAAGACGUGACCUCCGUUUUACAAAUAUUCAUAUCAGCCAAGUAACGUUGUGUCAAAGCAGUUCCAGUGCCCUUGCUACUCUCACCGACACAACAGUCAAGAUUGUUUUCACACUGCACUUCACAGUAAUUCAACAUACACCCGGUGCACCAGGUGCAUUUGUGUGUACCACGUGAACAACCUUACGAAAUCAGGGGCGCCCAUGCAAUAUGCAACGGAUAUUGAACUUUCGUCAUGUGAAAAUUUACUGCCGUGUUGCUUUCGUUCAGAUCGACUUGAAUAGACCGUAGAAUAACUAACCGUGAAAACCACUCGAACUUUCCUGAUUGUUUCCUACAAACGUCAAGCACACUGAUUCGUACACUUUUUUUACCGUCGAAUUCUUUGCAGUGGAACCCCGUCUUACAACCAUCACGUAAAUACCGCACGGAGCGGGAACCAAUCAACUGACGUGAGAAAAACUGAAACUGAAAUGAACAUGAGGUAGAGCCAAAUUCAACGUGAUAAAUGUUCAAUCACUGAGAAGAGGGAGAGAAAGUCUUGCAUGGGUAGAGUAGUCUUUGAUAUACAUUCAUGGCUAAAACAGCUAAAAAGUACUGCCAAAUCUACGACCUUGGAGGGCGGAAAUUAGGGUUACAUCAUUCAAACGAAAGCAUGCAUUCCGGUGGCGUCUGUUAAGUUCCUUUGUCUCAAUCGUGUUAUUGUUAUCGUUUCAAUUCAUUGCUUUGUUUGACGUAGCCACCCAUUUGCGGCUUAUAAAUACGCGGAAAAUAAUGUGAAGAAAAUGAAACUACCAGAAGCUGAACACGGCUUGCUACCUAUUUGAUUUUAUUUCGAAUAUUUGAAUCUUUAGCGAGCAAAGACAGUUGCAGUAGGAACAAGACAAAUAGUCUCCUCUCUACCUCUCCUCUCUACUUGUACUUCAUUUUAACCCUGCCAUCACAGAGCAACCAGAGAUGCACAGGUUAAUCAGCAAAGAGAAACUCAGCCGGCUGCUUCGCUUAACUCCUCUUAUCUUAGUCAUAGCUGGUUCUGUUUUAAUACUACUGGGUAACACUGCUUCGGUAAAAAGCUGCAAGCUGGCUGGUCCCGUGGCUGUAGCUGUCGGUGGAUUGUUACUACUUUUCAUCGCAGUCUGGAGUUCACGCCAAGACAAGAUCGUUGAAAACACAAAUUGCGAAGAGGCUGUGAUCGCGGCAGAACACAACGCCAAUAGAACUGCCUUGAGCGCUGGCUCUAACGAUCAGCUGGGACCGAUUCAUCACUUCGAAGUCAAAACAUCAUCGGAAUCUCAGUCUUGGGAAGAAAUGGUACCUCCUUCAUACGAAGAAGCUGUUGACAAUAAUGACGGCGUGGGAACUUCGCAAACUAGCGCUGAAGUUGUACCAAGUGAUGCGAAGGAAUCGAAUUUGGACAACACGACUUCUGCACUACCGUCUUACGAAGAAAUUCAAGCAAAUGCGAAGACAGCUUCAUAAUUCUCUCAUUGGUUCUUAUAAAUUUACUGUAAAUGAAGACCUCCUUCUUGGAAACGAAAAACGUGCGGACCAGGACUGUAAAGGAGAGAAAACGUUGUAUUGAUGAAUUGCGGAAGUUAAGAAGUAUUGCUUUUUAUAUCACAAGAAAAUUGAGACUAACUUGCCGACAAAGUAAAUUAUCAGAACCUCCUUAGCAGAGCAUUGUCAUGAAUUUGGCAGAUUCGGGAAUUGGUGAAAGAGAUAUUUUUAGAAGGAUUUUUGAUUGUUGACGGCUAAAUAAGUUUAACGCUGGUGUAGAGGAUCUGGUGUAGAUUAGAAUCUAUCUUAUUCCGAACGGAAAGAAAUAGUCACUAGGAAAAUAAUAAACGAUGUCGUCUGGCUAAGCCAAUAUCAUUUUUUAGCAACACGUAUGCCCUUUUAUAGUGAUUGGUGUAUUCAAAGCGGUCUUCGAUUUUAUAUGCAGAAUCGUUAUAAAACAUACAAUAUAGUUAAUCAUUGCACUAUAAUUAAUGACUUACUUUCAGCCGGCUUAGCAUAUUUCAAAUAGUGGGUAAGGGUUAGAAAACGUGCAGGGAAUUCAAUUAUGUCACAGAAAAACCAAGAGACAUUCUCUUGAAAGAACUGAAAUUUCGUCGGUUAACGCUUCAGGGAAAUUUUAUUUGUGUUUUCAAUUCUUCAGUCAAAAUUAGCGAAUUAAGACUAGGUCGAUAUAAUCGUAACAUGAUAGCAGCCCGAUUGUUCCCACUAUAAAACUAGCUGAACAAGGUAUUAAAUGGAGUUUUUUAGAAGGGAA